GUCCCGCCACCUGGGUGGUCUCUCUACUUUAGUGAGCUGUUGCUAAGCAGCUAAUAAUAGUCGUGUUUGCUGAGUAAUUUUUGCCCUUCUGGAACCAAUCAGAUGCAAGAAAGUCCUACAAUCUGACAGCCCCAGAGGCGGGAUCUCAAACUUUUUUUUAACCUUCUUACCCCUCCUCCUCCCGCGCCUCCAAAUGGAGAGAGCUCUUUUUCUCCACUUCUAUUGAAUCUCAGAGUUGGCCGUGACGCGCGGCCCAAGGGAAGACCACAUAAGUCUAAUCAGAAUGCUAUGAGUAUCGAGCUUUCCAAGCGGACGCCUCAUGUAUGGGAAUCGCUUUGCACGUUGUGCUUUUUGACUCAAAGCGCCCCAAAUACGAGGCGAGUGUGCGGUGGAAGCAGCGGAGACCUCUCGGAUCACGAAAUGUUGGGAUGGAAGGCGCAGACUUUGACUCGCCGUCUUCACCAGGAGUAUGUACUUGACGGAUGUGAGAGGGAAAGUUUGUUGUCGCCUUGGGAUAUCGCUACUACUACGCGCUUUCGGGGAAAAACGCUAAGCAGCUCGGUCUCGCAGUCCCCACAACAUGGCCUCGGCUGGUAAUGCGCCCUCCGAGCAGGAAAACAGAGACCCCGAACAGCCGAGGAUAACGCGGAGGACCAGGGGGGACUAUGGCCGCAACGUACCGCUGGAUUUGGAGUAUUUGCAUCGGCCGAGUUACUGCGAUGCGGGCUUCGCUUUGGAACAAAUAUCCGAGGGUCGAGCGACGGGGAGGAGAGCGCCGCUCUGGCUCCGCGCUCACUUCCAGAGACUGCUGUUCAGGCUCGGCUGCUACAUUCAAAAGAACUGCGGAAAGUUUUUGUUUGUUGGGCUCAUGAUUUUUGGAGCUUUUGCCGUGGGCUUACGGGCAGCUAAUUUGGAAACGGAUGUGGAGAAACUUUGGGUAGAAGUGGGGGGGCGUGUGAAUCGCGAGCUGAAAUACACUCGUCAGCAGAUGGGAGAGGAAGCCAUGUUUAACCCUCAGCUCAUGAUCCAGACGCCUCAUGAGGAAGGAGCUAAUGUGCUAACGGUGGAGGCGCUGCUACAACACCUGGAGUCAGCGCAUAGAGCUAGCAGGGUCCAUGUGUUUCUCUAUGAGAGGCAAUGGACUUUAGAACAUUUAUGCUACAAAUCAGGAGAACUAGUUACAGAAACACCUGUUGUGGACCAGAUUAUAGAAAGACUACACCCCUGCCUCAUCAUCACGCCCCUGGACUGUUUCUGGGAAGGAGCCAAACUUCAUACUGGAACGGUCUACCUGUCUGGAAAAGAUUGGAUCCAGUGGUCCAACUUUGACCCAAAAGAGUUCCUUCAGGAGCUGCAACUGGCACACUUCCCCGUGGAGACUUUUCAGGCCAUGUUGGCGAAGGCAGAUAUAGGACAUGGAUACAUGGACAGGCCCUGUCUGAAUCCUGCUGACCCCGACUGCCCCCCUACUGCCCCCAACAAGAACUCCACAAAGCCUCUGGACAUAGCUCGCACUCUGACCGGUGGUUGUGACGGACUCUCCAGGAAGUACAUGCACUGGCAGGAGGAGCUGAUCGUAGGCGGGACUACCAAGAACGGCAGUGGACCCCUCCUCAGUGCCCAGGCAUUGCAGACCAUGUUCCAGCUGAUGACCCCUAAGCAGAUGUUUGAGCAUUUACGUGGCUACGACCAGGUUUCGCACAUCAACUGGAAUGAGGAGAAGGCCGCCGCUAUAUUGGAGGCCUGGCAGAGGAAGUACUCUGAGGUCGUUCUGAAGAGCAUGGCUGCGAACUCAUCUCAGAAGGUCUUGACGUUCACCACCACGACUCUGGAGGACAUUCUGAGGUCCUUCUCUGACAUCAGCAUGAUCCGAGUUGCCAGCGGCUACCUCCUCAUGUUGGUGUAUGCUUGCCUGACCAUGUUGCGUUGGGACUGUGCUAAGUCCCAGGGAGCUGUGGGGCUGGCCGGAGUCCUCCUGGUCACUCUGUCUGUGGCGGCCGGACUGGGACUCUGCUCUCUUCUGGGGAUCUCCUUUAAUGCUGCCACUACACAGGUGCUGCCCUUCCUGGCCCUUGGGGUGGGGGUAGAUGAUGUCUUCCUCCUGGCCCAUGCCUUCAGUGAGACGGGACAGAACACGAGGAUCCCAUUUGAGGAUCGGACCGGGGAGUGUUUGAAGAGAACCGGAGCCAGCGUGGCGCUCACCUCCAUCAGUAACGUCACAGCAUUUUUCAUGGCAGCUCUCAUCCCCAUCCCAGCCCUCAGAGCCUUCUCCCUCCAGGCUGCAGUGGUGGUGGUGUUUAACUUCGCCAUGGUACUGCUGAUUUUCCCUGCCAUCUUGAGCAUGGAUCUGUACAGGCGAGAGGAUCGGCGCUUUGACAUCUUCUGCUGCUUCUACAGUCCUUGUGCCAACCGCGUUAUCCAGAUGGAGCCUCAAGCCUACGUAGAUGGGUCAGAAGGCAGCCGCUACAGCCCGCCCCCCAUGUACCGCACACCCCCUCCCCUUUACCAAACCCCGCCCCCUAGAUACACCAGCCCCCCUCCCUCCUACAGCAGUCUUGGAUACGCCCAGCAAACGCAAAUCACCAUGCAGUCCACAGUCCAACUCCGCACUGAAUACGACCCACGCACCCAGGCCUUCUAUACCACUGCCGAACCCCGCUCCCAAAUCUCCGUACAACCCAUGAACCCCAACCAAACUCAUGCCAAUCCAGUUUACCACAACAACAGCAACCUGAAUAACAACAACACCAGCAACCGUGGUAACGCCAGCUCUUUCACCCAUCACCAUCCAGCCGCAGGUGCGAGUUUUAGCCAUGCACCAGGACCACAGCCUGAUGCAAUGUCUACAGGGAACAGUGUUGAGAAUAACAGCUCCACGCGAGACCUCAUAUCCCAGUUUGGUGAUGCGUCAAUGGGGUUGAGAUGCAUUGAAACCCCUUGUUCUGGUUGGACUUUUGCUUCGUUUGCUGAACACCACUACGCUCCAUUUCUGCUGCAGCCUACCACCAAGAUUAUGGUGAUCGUUCUGUUCCUGUGUUUGCUGGGGAUCAGUUUGUAUGGUACCACACAGGUCCGAGACGGUCUGGAGCUCACAGACAUUGUUCCGAAGGGGACCAGUGAAUAUGACUUCAUUGGGGCCCAGUUUAAGUUCUUCUCCUUCUAUAAUAUGUAUGUGGUGACUCAGCGAGCAGACUACCCACAGAAACAACCCCUCCUCUACCAGCUCCAUCACAGAUUCCACACUGUACGACAUAUUCUCAAAGAGGACAACGGAGAGUUGCCUCCCAUGUGGAUGCACUACUUCAGAGACUGGCUCCAAGGUCUACAGCAAGCUUUUGACAAUGACUGGGAGUUAGGUCGGAUCACCCACUCGAACUACAAGAACGCUUCAGAUGAUGGUGUUCUGGCCUAUAAACUUCUAGUUCAAACAGGACGCAGGGAAAAGCCGAUAAACUUCAACCAGCUGAAAUGGCAGAGGCUGGUAGACGCGGAUGGCAUAAUCAACCCCAGAGCCUUUUACAUCUACCUAACAGCUUGGGUCAGCAACGAUCCAGUGGCCUACGCCGCGUCCCAGGCCAACCUCCGACCCCACCCUCCCGAGUGGAUCCACGACCGUACCGACUCCAUGCCUGAAACACGCCUCAGCAUCCCGGCCGCUGAACCCAUUGAAUAUGCACAGUUCCCCUUCUACCUCAACGGGCUCCGAGAGACGCCUGAGUUUGUGGAGGCCAUCGAGAGUGUGCGGUCCAUCUGCAGUAACUACAGCCUGCAGGGCCUGGCCUCCUACCCCAACGGUUACCCCUUCCUCUUCUGGGAGCAGUACGUCACCCUACGACACUGGCUCCUCCUCUCCAUCAGCGUGGUGUUAGCCUGCACCUUCCUUGUCUGUGCUCUGUUCCUGCUCAAUCCGUGGACUGCAGGAGUCAUUGUGCUGGUGCUGUCUCUGAUGACGGUGGAGUUGUUCGGCUUCAUGGGGCUGAUGGGUAUUAAGCUGAGUGCGGUUCCUGUGGUCAUCCUUAUCGCAUCUGUGGGAAUCGGAGUGGAGUUCACAGUUCACGUGGCGCUGGCCUUCCUGACAGCCAUCGGGGACCGUCACAAGCGAGCAGUGCUGGCCUUAGAGCACAUGUUUGCUCCAGUCCUGGAUGGGGCCUUCUCCACUCUGUUAGGAGUGCUCAUGCUCGCAGGGUCUGAGUUUGACUUCAUCGUAAGGUAUUUCUUUGCUGUUCUGGCCAUCCUCACAGUCCUGGGGGUCCUGAACGGUCUGGUGCUUUUGCCGGUGCUGCUGUCGUACUUUGGGCCAUAUCCAGAGAUCUCUCCGGUAGAUGGACACAGUCGGCUGCCCACUCCAGAGGCCCCUCCACCUGUGGUACGUUUCUCAGUGCGCCCUCAACCCCAGGCCACCGGGUGCAGCACCACCCACACGUCAGGGGCCACGUCGGACUACUCGGACUCAGAGUACAGCUCCGUCAGCUCAGCGUCUGCAACCAGUCAGGGGCCUUCCUCACACGGAGCACACACAGACAACAGGAGGGGCCCAAGGAGUAGGCACAGGCAGCAGAACCCUCCGGCCUACACCAUCUCCUCAAGUGUCUCCCCUCAGGGCUGUGAUUGUCACUCUGGGGCCCCUCAGUGGACCAGGGACGACAGAGACUCAAAGAGCCACAGACACCCUCCACCCUCAGCCCCGCCCCCACCUCCGCCACCAGCCCGCCCCCGCAUGGACGCUUUUGAAACUGCUACUGAGGCUGGGGGCCAUAGAGAACACUUAGCGGGUCCCAGAACCCACUCCUCACAUCACCUCCAGCCUGUCACCACGGUAACAGCCUCAGCCUCUGUUACUGUGGCUGUUCACUCCGCCCCUCCCACCACCUCCUCUUACCCAUCAUACACUGCAGAGGACAGUUACGGCUCAGCCAGGAACACCUUCCAUGACCCCCACGUUCCAUCAGACCCUCAGUUAGGGGCCCGAGAGUCCCGGGGGUCCCAAGUGUCUCGAGGAGCCAGAGGAGCCAGAGCCAGAGGAGCCAGAGCCCAGGCUGAGGCCAUGGAGCUACAGGACCUGGAGGCGGGGGACCACAGCAGCAGACCAGUCAGCUGAGUUUUGCUGACGUUAGAAUGGCCAAAGAUGGAGGUCAGUGACUUGAGGAAGCUGCCAGUGCUGCCGACAUGGUGCUCAUUCUUACUGUAAUACAGUGGACUCGUCUUAUAGAUAUAUUUAAAGUGUACACAUGUGUAAAUAUGAAAGAAAGUAGCUAUAAUUUAGCAGCAGUACAACUCCUCAUAAAGACUGGGGCUGCCAUUUUAUAUAGUGUGUAGGGGUGUGUGUGGGUGUGUGUGUGUGUGUGUGUGUGUGUAUGUGUGUAUACAUACAUACAUGUGUGUGUUUGCGCAUGUGUGCGUGUGUACAUGUAUGCACGUGUGUGGGUGUGUGUGUGUACAUCCGUGGGGGUGUGUGUGUGUCUGUGUGGUUGAGGUUACUGUUCUUCACUGUGGAUCUGUGCCAUUUAAAUCUCUUCAGACAGAACCUUAGCGUCUCUGAGGCUCAGACAUAAAAAAAAUACUACAAAAGUCUAUGCAAAUCUCUCUCUUCUCGAUGCCACAGUGAGUGACCACGCCACUGGGCUAUACAUGGAUGCCUGUUUACAUGUGUGUGAGAGUUUUGUAUAAAGGUACACAUGUUUAAAUAUGAGUUUAUCACAAACCUGUGGUAGUUUUAAGUGGAAACUGUUAACACGCUAUGCGUGCUAUUUAAGACGAGAUCAUAUGAAGACAUUUUGGGCUUUCAUUUUGAUUCUUUUAGUUGCUUUUGCAUUGAACCUGUUUCUCCUCAGCUCAGUAUCACUGUUGUUUUUAGUUUUGUUUAACCUUAGUAUGUCCACCUCACAAAUGUUUUACAGGGAUUCUCUACAGGGUCCACUUGGGGCCCUCACUGCGCCCCCUGAUGGCUGUGUUUAGUAUAAGCUAAAUUCUAACUGUAUACUGUACAUUCAGUUCAAUAAGGAACUUGACUGCAGCAAAGUCCACUCUCAGACUAUCCCCCUCAGACUCACCCUCUCAGUCUCUUCUUUCAGACCUUCUCCCUCAAAUUCUUCUCCUCAGACUCUACCUCUCAGACACUUUCCCGCAGACUCUUUCCUGCAGACUCUCCCCCUCAGACUCUUCCCAUCAUACUCUCCCCCUCAGAAUCUCCCCCUCAGACUCUCCUCCUCAGACUCUCUCCAAGGAUAAGCUGAGCUGUGUGCAGCCUCUGGCCUCAGUGUUAGUGUACAUGUAUCAUGUGGCAUCAUCAAACAGACCGGUCCUGACCCUCUCUAACCCCACUCACACCACCAUGACACCUUUGUGUCAAAGGUCAAGGGUCAGAGUGUACAUGUGAUACUCGGCCAGUGGAGAUGUGCACAGUUAUGUUUGUGUUAGCUGUCUUUAGCCCUCCCCCUCCUCCUUCCCCAUAGAACACCUCCUCCUGUGCUCUCCUCAUUUCUCAUCUUCUCCUCUGUUUCCUCUCCUCCUUCUCUCCAAACCAUGUUGCAUCCACUGCUUGCAUGAGGAGGUUUAGAGUUUGUUGCUCCUUAUGUCACACUCUCCUCCCCUCUUCCUCUCUUCCUCUUCCUCUCCUCUCUGCUGCUUGCAUGAGGAGGUCUGGAGUUUGUUCCUCCUUAUGUCACAUUGGCAAACAUGGAGAGAAUCGUAGCUGGCAACUAUUUUAUCAUUUGUACUAUUUUUGUUUUUGAGUUUCAGUUUCAAUAUUUAUAUUUUUGUAAUAUAAAGUGUUUCUUUCUUGUUGUGAUGCCAGUGGUUAACAAAUGCAGGGAUUAUUAUGUCUAUUGAAAAACACUAUUCCAGUUUAUUGUUUUACAUAAUGGAGUUUGAUCUGUAUAAAGUGCUUACUAAUGUUAAAUAGGAGAAAGUUAUAUAACACUACAGACGUGAUUACAGCUUCAGAGCUUCAGACUCGGCUUGGAUGUUUUCAUUUACAAAGAUAAAUGUAUGCCAUAUAAUUUAUUUAUAUGAAAAUGUAUUUUUGUAGUGUACAGAGUAGCAGUCAAGGUAUUUGACAGAAGUAUAUUUUUAAAGAGUUUAUAUGAAAUACCAUAACAGGAAAAGGUUAAAGGUCAAAGGUACAUGCUUUCAUUGCUAAGCUCUUGGGGACAACGUGGACACCUCCGACAGUAUGGGCCCAGCAGCUGCUCCUCUGGGUUUGUCAAAGGCGAGCCAUGAAAGAUGACAGAUGUACUAUCUCUAAAUAUUAAUGUUCAAACACUGAUAGA